GUGGACUGGGUUGACAUUGGACGGAUCCGUGGUGGCCGAUGGGUCGAUUGCGAAAUACACUGUCGCGCUCAUACAAACCUGUAUACGCGUGCGAAUCUCAUUGUGUCUGUACCUGUGCAGGUGAGAGACAACGGAUGCCGACCGGGUGAUUUAAAGGCUGUCACAUGCAACAUCUGCCAAUGCAAACGCACCACUCAAGGUUGACGAUCCCCACCGAGACAGACGCACAGCUCUCGUGGGUUCUCUUCAUUAGUUAUAAUUUACUAUAAAACGGCAAAACGCCCGGGAUACCUUUAGACUUUUCACACCACGGCUUGUAAGCACGUGCGUGGAUCCGAAUCUUGCAAUAAAAUCAAAUCGGGGUUGACGCGCAUCAAUUACCGGAAACCGUACGAAACAUGGACGGCUAUGCAAGAAUGGAAUACAUGCUCGCGCUCUCUCUAUGCCUGAGCUGUUGCGUCUACGCGUUGCCUCACGUGGUGCUUGAAAAUAAUAUACGGAAUUUUCCUGCUUCAAACGCUCAAGUGCACUACAAUAUCACGAAUGCUGAGAUUGUUGAUCAUCCGACAAUAGAUGAAGUAUCCUAUAUAGAUUUCGAUCCUGCACCCAUAUCCUCUUCCAAAAGGCCGAACGUCUGUAAAGAUUGCACCUGCGGACUUAGAAGAAACUCUCGAAUUGUCGGCGGCAACGUGACAAAUAUUUACAACUAUCCCUGGCUUGUUAGUAUGACCAAGAUGGGAAAUUUCUAUUGUGCCGGAACUGUAAUAACACGCAAGCAUCUUUUGACAGCAGCACAUUGCUUGCGAGGAUAUGAUAUUAAGACUAUCAAACUUGUUUUAAUGGAUAGCGACCGUCCUUCGAUAAGCAACAAUGCUAUAGUCCGUCGUAUUAAAUCAGCAACCAUUCACGAAAACUUUGAUGCUCAUUCUUUUAAUAACGAUAUUGCGAUUAUCGAGAUGGAUGAACCUGUAUCUAUAGAUAAUUUCGUGCGAGCAGCAUGUUUACCUGAAGAUAGAACUAUCGAUUAUACGGGAGCAAUUGCAACUGCAGUUGGAUGGGGUCGAACAGGGGAAAACAAGCCAAUAAGUAACGAACUGCGAAAAGUCAAUUUACCAAUUUUGUCACAAGAAGAAUGCGAUCAAUCUGGAUUCCCAAAAAAUCGCAUUACGGAAAAUAUGUUUUGCUCUGGUUACCUCGAUGGAAAACGCGACGCCUGUUUUGGAGAUAGCGGGGGCCCACUACAUGUCAAAGGAGUUCAUGGACAACUUGAAGUAAUAGGUAUCGUUUCAUGGGGACGUGGAUGCGCAAGACCAAAUUUUCCAGGUAUAUAUACCAAAUUAACAAAUUAUAUGGAAUGGCUUAAAGAUCAUUUAGAUAAUGAAUGCAUUUGUCCACCACCGCAUCAACAAAACUAAUACUUGUUAUGAUAUAUUAUAACAUAUUAUAAUUAUCAGAAG